AACCCUCUUUCCUCAGACGCCACCACUCUCUUGUUGUCUCCAAUGGCGCUCCAGAUCUCUCUCUCGCCGUCUUCUCUCCGGCCUUCGCCGUCGUCGUCUUCUCCGGCAAGCUCCAGUGGCCUCGUUCGAGCCUUCUUCGCUUCCCCUGAUCAACCGCGGGCUCUGAGAGGAGUGGUUUCCAAAAGGCAAAAUGGUGGGGCUAAGGCGAACCGGAUCGUGACGGUGAGGUCGAGCUUGGAGAUCGCUGGGCCGACCGUCGGACAGGUGACGGAGGUGUGCAAAGACACGUUCUGGCCCCUCGUCAAGGCCUCCGGGUCCAAGAUCGUCGUCCUGGAUAUGUACACCCAAUGGUGUGGCCCUUGCAAAGUGAUAGCUCCCAAAUUCAAAGAAUUAUCAGAGAAGUACCUUGAUGUUGUCUUCCUCAAGCUUGAUUGCAAUCAAGAAAACAAGACCUUAGCUAAAGAGUUGGGGAUACGAGUUGUUCCAACAUUCAAGAUACUCAAGGAUGGCAACAUUGUUAAAGAAGUAACAGGUGCAAAAUUCGAUGAUCUCGUUUUCGCCAUAGAUACAGUAAAGUCAAGCUGUUAAUUUACUUCAGAUAUGUGGAUGAGGGCUGACUUUCGCACUGCAUGUAUAUUGUAAUGCCGUAUCAUCUUCUGCAGCUAUGUCCAUAUUAUCAUCGAUGCACACUUAUGAUUCCCUAAAAUAAACAGGGCAUACAUUUUCUGAUUCCUUUCA